CAGCCGUGCAGAGCCGAGCCGGGUAGUGGGGCUGUUGGACCUGAAUGCAAGUUAGCGGGCUGGUAGUGACUGACACCGAGGGCUCUAGGGACAGCGAGGAAGAGCCGGAGCCGCCCUCGCUGCGUCCUCCAGGCGGUGUGGACCAGGUGCCCGGGCGUUUGCGGCUGUCGGCGGAGCUCCGGGUGGCGCCCCCUCCCCCGGACCUAGCUGCCUCCGGGAUUGGCGCAGGUGGGCAAGGCAGGGCACCGCAGACUGCCCUGUUCCCACCGAGCGGUUUCUCUCCCUUUCUGCAAGCGGGAGGCGCCAUCCUAAAAAUAUGUAAAUAUCCGAGCGCUGACUCCUGGCUGGGGCACCAGCCAAGUCCCAGAGCCGCCGCAGGGUGUUUUACAUGAAAAUGAGAAGCCUGACAGGAUCCGUGCUCUAACUUAAGGCAGCUCGGUGAUUAGCAGGAGGCUGAGCGGCUUCCCGGCUUCCUGUCCUUCAAUAGCCAUUCUGCGCGCUCGCGACUGAGCAGCGGUGCCGCCGUGCGGGUGGCGAUCGGCAGGCUCCGCAUCCUUGGCAGCCAUGGCUCCCGUCGCCGCCGCGGCCAGUAAGUAGGAGCAUGCCUGUGUAGGGGGGCACAUGCGUGUCGGCGCGCGCGCGCACACACGCACACGCACACACGCACGCACACCACCCUGAGCCUUGGAAGGAGGAAGAUCGACGAGGCGCUGCAGUCGCGAGGACUCUUCCUGGAUUCGGCAGGAGCCCGCCGCCGCAGCUGCUGACUGCAGAGCCUGCUCGGAUCCUGUGCACACGCGCCCCCCAUCCGAGCCUCUGUAAUGAAGACGGCCUCCCGAGGGCUGCAGGGGAGGCAGAGCCAGCCCGCGCCCGGGACUGCGGGCCGCGCGGCUGAUAGGCCCAGGGGGACACGACUUGGACACUGUCAUCCCCACGCCUCGCUCUGAGCCGCCCGGUGCGGAGAGGGUCUGCCGCCGCCCCUCCGGCUUCCCGGGCGCCCGAUCCCGGGUCACCCCCGGAGGCCUGGGCUUCCUCAUUUGUUUGGGUCUUUUGUGCCGUGGCUCACAGUUGGCUAAGCACUCCUCCGCUGAAUCGGGCCAUUGUCUGCGCUCCCAUUGCUUUCACGCUGCAAGUCUCGGCGCCCUCACCCCGCCCGCCCCCUCCCCGCCUCCUCCUGGCCGGGGAGCCUCCUAACGUGCCUUUCCCCCCAGGAAUCUGGAAGCUAUAAGCCGGGCGGAUUGCAAAUGAAGUGUAAUGCAUUGUGGGACGUGUGUAAAAUCGGAGCCUUCGCCGUUGGGGGGGUGUGGGGGCGUGGGGAGGGCCGGACCCGCCGCUGGCGGUGUAGACGCUGACGAGGAGGGGCUGGGAAAAUGCGCGCAGAGUCCGCCCGGGUCGUGCCCGCCGUAGACGGAUGAAGCCGCGCGCUGCGCCCCGGCGCUGAGGCCCCGAGGAUCGGGGCAGCGGGUCGCCCUCCCCACCAUGAAGAAGACCCGGAGCACAACCUUGCGGCGAGCCUGGCCUAGCUCGGAUUUCUCGGACCGGGCCUCGGACCGCAUGAGGUCCCGCAGCGAGAAGGACUACCGCCUGCACAAGCGCUUCCCCGCGGCCUUCGCGCCCCAGGCUUCUCGGGGCUACAUGACAUCAGGUGAUGUGUCACCAAUCAGUAUGUCUCCCAUCAGUCAAUCUCAGUUUAUCCCACUCGGGGAAAUCCUUUGCUUGGCCAUCUCCGCAAUGAACUCGGCAAGAAAACCUGUCACCCAAGAAGCACUGAUGGAGCACCUGACCACCUGUUUCCCAGGUGUUCCCACCCCAAGCCAAGAAAUCCUCCGGCAUACGCUGAACACGCUGGUCCGGGAGCGGAAGAUCUACCCGACUCCAGAUGGUUACUUCAUCGUAACCCCACAGACUUAUUUCAUAACUCCUUCCCUCAUAAGAACUAACAGUAAAUGGUACCAUUUGGAUGAGAGGAUACCUGACAGGUCUCAGUGUACCUCUCCCCAGCCCGGGACCAUCACGCCCUCUGCCUCAGGCUGCGUCAGGGAAAGAACGUUGCCCAGGAACCACUGCGACUCUUGCCACUGCUGCAGGGAAGAUGUGCACGGCGUGCACACGGCCACCCUGCAGAGGAAGCCCGCCAAGGACUGCAAAGACCCGUACUGCCCUCCUUCCCUCUUCCAGGUGCCACCCACUGAAAAGAGCAAAAGUACUGUCAACUUUUCAUAUAAGACGGAAACUCUCUCCAAACCUAAAGAUAGUGAAAAGCAGUCCAAAAAAUUUGGGCUCAAGUUAUUCCGGCUCAGUUUUAAAAAAGACAAGACCAAACAGCUAGCCAAUUUUUCCGCCCAGUUUCCUCCCGAAGAGUGGCCCCUGCGAGAUGAGGACACGCCAGCUACUAUCCCUCGGGAGGUGGAAAUGGAGAUCAUUCGGCGUAUUAACCCAGACUUGACUGUGGAAAAUGUCAUGAGGCACACUGCACUAAUGAAGAAACUUGAAGAAGAGAAAGCGCAUAGGAGUAAAGCCGGGUCCUCCGCCCAUCACAGUGGAAGAAGUAAAAAGAGUCGGACUCAUCGCAAGUCUCACGGGAAGUCUCGGUCGCACAGCAAGACACGAGUGUCCAAAGGAGACCCGUCAGAUGGUUCCCAUCUGGACAUCCCGGGUGAAAGAGAGUAUGACUUUUGCGAUCCUCUUACCAGGGCUCCCCGGGAAGGCUGCUUCAUCAUCGAACACAAAGGUGAUAACUUCAUCAUGCAUAGCAAUGCAAACGUGAUUGAGUCUCAUUUCCCCAUGACUCCAGAAUGGGACGUGUCUGGGGAACUGGCCAAAAGGAGAACUGAGAUGCCUUUUCCUGAGCCUUCCAGGGGAAGCUCCCACUCAAAAGUGCACCGAAGCCACAGCCAUACCCAGGACCGAAGGUCCAGGAAUGAGAGAUCCAACAAGGCCAAGGAGAGGUCCAGAUCCAUGGAUAACUCCAAAGGUCCUCUGGGUGCUUCUUCCCUGGGGAUGCCUGAAGACCUGGCUGAAGGCUGUAGCCAAGAUGACCAGACCCCCAGCCAAUCCUACAUUGAUGACAGUACUUUAAGGCCUACACAGACUGUCAGUCAUCAAAGGGCUCACAUUUCAUCCACAAGCUACAAAGAGGUGUGUAUUCCAGAAAUAGUCAGUGGCAGCAAGGAACCUCCCAGUGUUUGCAGCCUCUUGGAGCCAGGCAAACCGCCCGAGAGUUUGCCAUCCUUUGGUGAACUCAACUCUUGUCCAACAAAAACAGCUGCAGAUGACUAUUUCCAGUGUAACACCUCCAGCGAGACGGUGCUCACGGCGCCGUCACCUCUGGGAAAGAACAAAGAGGACCAUGACACUCUGACCCUGGCGGAAGGGGUGAAAAAGCUGCCUCUGUCGGACAGGCAGGCCCCACAUCCCUCCAGGGAGCCUGUAGGACACAAGGAGGAGUCGCCAAAGGGGCCGGGUGGGGGCCCAGUGGCUUUGGGCGCUGUGGCCGAAGGGAUUGCCAAUGGACGCCUCAUCCAGCAUCACAGUGCCGAGCCCAGCAGCCUGGACAAGAGGAAAGAGAUAUUCAGCAAAGACACACUGUUCAAACCUCUUCACAGCACCUUGUCUGUAAACAGCUAUCACAAAUCAAGCCUGUCCAUCCUCAAAUCUCACCCUAAGACACCUGCGGACACACUGCCAGGCCGAUGUGAGAAACUGGAGCCGUCCCUAGGGACCUCGGCUGCACAAGCCAUGCCAGCUUCCCAGCGUCAGCAGGAGUCAGUGGGGAACCAGGAGGCCUCUUUUGACUAUUACAACGUCUCUGAUGAUGAUGAGUCUGAGGAAGGGGCAAACAAGAACACAGAGGAGGAGAAAAACAGAGACGAUGUGGGCACCAUGCAGUGGCUCCUGGAAAGGGAGAAGGAAAGAGACUUGCAGAGGAAAUUUGAGAAGAACCUCACCCUCCUUGCCCCAAAGGAAACCGACAGCAGCAGCAACCAGAGGGCCACCCAUUCAGCGCGCCUGGACAGCAUGGACAGCAGCAGUAUCACGGUGGACAGUGGAUUCAACUCCCCACGCACUCGGGAGAGCCUGGCUUCCAACACAUCAAGCAUUGUUGAAAGUAACCGUCGUCAGAACCCUACCUGGAGCCCGGCCCAUGGUGGAGCCGGCCCGGCCUUCAAUUUCCGAGCAAGUACGGACAGCCCCACAAACGAAGCUGAGAAAUUACAGAAACCUUCCAGCUGCUUGCAAGCUUCUGUUACUAGUGUGUGACAGUCAUUCUGCGUCAGAUCUCCUGUCUCGUUCGAUACAGCCAAGUUUACGGCACUGGGACUGAUGUUUACAUCUUUGGAAAGACAAGCAUCUCAACGGCAGUUUUUGUGUUGACUUAAACUGUGCUGCUAAGUAGGCUAGGGCAAAAAACAACAACAACAAAAUCUUUAUUUCAGAGUAUUGCUUUUCACAUUUAUGGCUCUGUAGCAACAAGAAUAGCAGUAGGGGUGAUAUGUAUACUUUUGCUUCACUAAUUGUAACUGAGCACACAUAGGAAAGUCUAGACACUGUCAGUGUAAUAUGCAUUUUCGAUGUCAUGCAGUUGCCAAGUCCAUUCUAAAAUGCCACAGAUGCGUGUUGCUCCCAGUCUGUGACCAAGUGGUGCCACAGAACACUGAUCCUUGACACUUCCAAAAACAAAAAACAAAACAAAACAAAAAAAACUAAGCCUCCACAACAUGUCAAAUGCAAGGGUCUACCUUGAGGGAGAUCAAUGCCAAACUGACUAAAAGGGACCCCAGCCCUUUGUGUGUGAAUCGUUUAGGCCCCAGUCAUUUUGCACUGUGAGUUUUCGUGACAAGAUUUUGCAGGAGCCCAUGGAAGUGUGUCAGAAGGGGUCGUGAUCCAAAUACUGGGAGUGUUUGUUUUCAGGAUUUUAAGUGUCAUGGAUGCUUGUCUGAUUUUUUUAACCUUCCAUAAUCACAAACAGGAAUAUAGGCCUUUGAAUCUGAAAUGGACAAAGGAAGGGUCUCCCAGCCUGGCUGGGGCACAGGACUAAGUGAUGGGAGAGGUAGUGGGGACUUGUAAAGGUGUUCAUCAGAUACUGAAGGAAGAUCAUUUCCUCCUUGUGAUACUUGACGGUGAUGCUAUCUUACUAUAAUAGAUAUGAUCAUUUGUUUAAAAUCAAAAUGUUCUUUGUGAUACAAAUGAAGACUACGGCCUGGGGACGUUAUUCUUUCUAAUGGAAGGACAUAAAUCUAUUUUAUGUAGUUUUAAAUAGAAUGCCUAAAUUAGGCUGUGGGAGAGAAUUUUUAGUGGUUAUAGGAAAGAGCAAAUUUAGAGGGAGUUGAACUUCAGGCCUUUUAUUCCUGGGAAGAUAUCUAUAGAGAAAACUUUAAAAUACUUUUUGAUUAGAAAUAUACAUGUGCCCAUGUAAUUAACAACAGAAUGUGAUCAUUCUGCAAGUGUGGUGUAAUCCUAACUUGUACGCCCCUGAAAUUUAUUAGAAUCACAAUUAUGCAUACAUGAACUAUGCCAGAGUAAUGUUUACAGAUACUUCAUAACCAGUUUCAGGAGGCAUCUUUAGGUAGAUGUAUAGUUUUUUUAGCCCAACUUAUUUCAGAAUCGUUUGUUAACAUUUUGCUUUGGUUUACAAUAUGUCAUGUUGAAUACAAAGAAGUUUCUCAGCAGCAAAGGGAUUACAAAUAACCGAGAUUCAGCCUUCUAAGAGAGAGGCACCGCAAAGUUCCCAUGUCUUAUUUUAUAAGAACCAUGGAAUAAAUCUAUAGAUAGUGGAAAAUUAUUCACAAAAAGGUUACAUGUGACACGAGUAAAUGGUCUGACAAAAAGUUUUAUUUAGUUAAGUGGCAUGUGAUGUUUGGAGCCAUAUACCAUAAAAUAUAUAUCCAAAUAUUUUCACCUCAGAUUUCAGGAAUUGGCAUAGAAUCUGUGAAACACUUCUGCUUCGGUAUUAGGUUGAAUCACUAGCCAUCUGUUUAAAGAGUGGAGUCAUAUACACAGUUGAACUAUUUCUUGAAACAUUUGGAUCCUUCCUCAUGCUUUUUUCAGAUAUCUGGAAGUUGCAUUGGGUCAAACUGGACUCAUCAAGUUUAGUAUAGAUUCCUUUUUUUGUGCUUAUAGUGAAACUUGAGCACGUUUCUUGGCAAACUCCCACACCUUUAAUAUGCUUAAGUCAAUUGGCUUUCAGUCUCAUGCCUUAUUUCCUCCAAGGCAUGCCUUGAUUGCUCAGAAAUGCACUCUUCUCUCACUGCUUAAAUUUGUCUGGGAGGAAUGAUAACGUAUCAAAUAGACCAUAUACAGAGUCUGUUUCCUUGGGGAGUUGUAUGCCACACAGUUACUAAAUUCUUUUUUUUCCCCAAAACCCUGCCCUCCAGCGUCUGUCAUACUAUCAGUUCAUAAAUAAUAGAACCAUUGAAACAAUACAUCAGCCUCUAGCUGAUCCUCCUAAAGUAGCCAUUAUAAUAAUCAAAUACUGUGUGAACAGCAAAGGAAAGCAUUACCUUUAAGAGAAGCUUUAAAAUAUGAAUUUAUCAAUAUUUCACAAGAACUAGGUUUACAGAAGACAUUGGAAUAAAAUGUGUACCACUCUUUGCCUGAUGCUAUGAGGUACAUGAUUAAAAAAAAAAAAAAAAAAAAAAAAAAA